AUGUUGAACAAAAACAGGGCAAACAGUGCAGAGAGAAAAGGACUGGAAGAAGCAACACAACUCCAGGAAAGGGCCAGAGAGCCACAGGACAGCAAUAAGCGAUGUAAAAAGGAAGUAUAUAUUAUUCAAGUCAGUGUUGGAAGUCAUCAGUGGACAGUGAAACAUCGUUACAGUGACUUCCAUGACCUACAUGAAAAGCUUGUUUCAGAAAAGAAAACAGAUAAAAACCUGUUGCCUCCCAAGAAAAUUAUUGGGAAAAAUUCUAAAAGCUUGGUGGAAAAAAGACAGAAGGAAUUAGAAAUUUACCUACAAACACUUUUGAUCAAGUUCCCUAUGGCUGCACCCAAAGUAUUAUCAUGCUUCUUACAUUUUCAUCUAUAUGAGAUCAAUGGGAUCACAGCUGGCUUGGCUGAAGAGCUCUUUCACAGAGGAGAACAAUUGUUAAUGGCUGGGGAAGUCUUCAGCAUUAGACCAUUGCAGUUAUAUGCUAUCACUCAACAGCUGAGACGGGGGAAACCUACGUGUGCUAAUGGAGAUGCCAGAACAGAUCUAGGUCAUGUCCUAGAUUUCACAUGUAGGCUAAGAUAUUUAAAGGUGACUGGCACAGAGGGACCUUUUGGGAACAGCAACAUUCAUGAUAGUCUGUUACCUUUUGAUCUUUCAAUUUUUAAAUCUCUUCAACAAAUAGAGAUAAGUCACUGUGGUGCAAAGCUUAUUAAAGGGCUUACUUCAUCAAAGCACACUCUAGCCACCAUGAGUGUUCGAUUUUCAGCAACAUCAAUGAAAGAAAUCCUAGUGCCUGAAGCUUCUGAAUUUGACCAUUGGGAGCCAGAGGGUGCACUUUCAAGUGGUCCAGUAACAGCCAUUAUUCCAACUUGGAGGUCUUUAACAACUUUAGAUAUGAGUCACAAUAGUAUCUCUCAGAUUGAUGAUUCAGUGAAACUAAUUCCGAAGAUUGAAUUUUUAGAUCUGAGUCACAAUGACGUGUCACUGGUAGAAAAUUUACAGCAUCUCUACAACCUUGUUCAUCUGGACCUGUCCUACAACAAGCUUAUAUCAUUAGAAGGUGUUCAUAUAAAACUUGGAAACAUCAAAACUUUGAAUUUAGCAGGAAACCUCCUGGAAAGGCUGUGUGGCCUUAACAAACUAUACUCUCUCGUCAACUUGGAUCUUAGUAACAACAAAAUAGAACAGAUUGAUGAAAUAAGGAAUAUAGGAAGCCUUCCAUGCCUAGAGAAGGUGGUAUUAUCCAACAAUCCUUUGAGCAUCAUUCCUGAUUACAGGACCAAAGUGCUAGCUCAGUUUGGGGACAGAGCCUCAGAGGUCUGUUUGGAUAAUGUUGUUACCACAGAAAAAGAACUUGAUACUGUAGAGGUGCUGAAAGCUAUACAAAAAGCAAAGGAGGCCAAAUACAAACUGAACAAUUCUGACAAAAAGAUCAGUGAGGACCACAGGCACAUUGCUGCCAGCUCCAAAUCAAACUGUACUACUUUUACUGUUCAUCCUUCCUCUCCUUCUCUGCCUCAUCCUGUCAACUCCAGCCAAGAAAUAACUUUCAAAGAAACAGCCCUAGCCAGCAGCUUCUUGCAGUCCAGUAGUUUGACUCCACCAGAACAUACAGUUCCCCAGAGAUGCUUUGAAAUACCAGACUCUAGAUUUAGAAGUCAGGCACCUACUUCUCUCUUGGACUCAUCCAAAGAAUAUGGAAAAGAUCAUCACAUGUGUUUGGACCAUUUAGAGGAGGAAUGUUACGUGGUGCCUGACCCACAUAAUACCAUCAUCCUGCCUUUUACUUGCAUGUCAUAUACCACCAACAACCAGGAUUUUAUCCAGCACCUCUCUGUCUUGAUAAGACAAGCAAUUCAGAAAUCACCCCCUUCCUCUGCAAAAACAGAAAGCGAAGGGAAUCUUGUGAGUAAUUCCAGAACAACAGACACUGAAGAUGGCUAUUUUGAAAUGGGACUUCAUGGAAGAGACCAAACUUUUGAAUUUAGCACUACUUCAGAUUCUUCAGCUUUUGAUAGCACAGCAGCAGAGAGCACUGAUGUAGUAAAAAUUCUCUGGAAUUUUUGUAUUCAGGUUCAUAAAGGACUCAGGCAGUUUGCCUCUUGUUUGGUUUUGACUGAUAGUGUAAUAGCUGUGUUUGAGAUUCCUCAUCAUGGUUUGAAAGGACAUUGUCAGCAUAUCCCUUCUGCUUUGAAGCUAGCACUGUGUUUCCCAUAUACUGAUCUCUCAGAAUUUGGCUUUCUCAUGCCUGAAAUAUGUUUAACACUGAAACUGAAAAACAGUGACAACUGCCUGUUUAUCAUUUCAGACUCCCAAAAUCUUCAAGAUUUCUAUUCCUGCUUACAUACAUGUUGCUCUCAACACUGCAUGUCAAUGUUAUCAAGUUCCUCACUAUAUUGUGACAAAACAAGCCUGCAAGAAUUUGUCCACCAGCUCAUGGGGUUUUAUCACAUUUCAUCAGAUGACAUUGAGAUAAAAGGCUGCUUUCCAGCAUAUCUUGUUUACAGUAAUAAAACUGACGUUCUAAAAACCUUGCAUCAACCAGACUUGGUAGGUGAUAACAAAGCGUGGUCUAAAUAUGCUUUGUGUUCUGCAUUUUAUUCCACGUUGUGUAAAAGUGCUGAACAGAGUCACUAUGUGUUCCAUCCUUGCUGGAUAUUUCUAACACCACAGCACUUGCACAUAGUAAAGGUUGACUUCCAUGGACUUCCUGGUAAAUCCAUAAACUCUGAAGAUGCAAAAAAUGUAUUCAAACUGAGCAGGAUUCCGCUAGCUUCAGUUGUGUUGCAUCCUACCGGUCCUUCCAUCCAGCAGAAAGGUUCAUUUUCAGAUGGACAUGUGUUGGAGUUACUUAUUGGAUACAGAUUUGUAACAGCAGUUUUUGUUCUACCUCAUGAGAAGUUCCAUUUUCUAAGAACCUACAGUCUCUUAAGAACAUUUCUGCAGGAAAUUAAGACAAUAAUUAUUUUCAAAGCUUCAAACAUGUUGGAAUCUGUAAGGAAUCAUCUCUUAGAUUCAGACAACUAUAGCCAGAGAGCAAGCUUUUGCAAGCCUCAUUUGACCCUGUCAUCUGUAUAUCCAUCUGAAUUCUUGAUGCAGAAAAUUACAGAAGAUAACCAAAUUCCAGUUUACCUUUCAGUCCCUCUGCCUCUUCAGUAUGUGGCUGGACUAAAGGGAAAUGCUAUUAUAGAAUGUUUCCAUAACAGCAUUGCUGAGGUGGAAAAUGAAGAGCUGAGGCAUCUUAUGUGGUCUUCUGUUUUAUUUUAUAAGACUCCUGACGUAGAAGUGACAGCUUGUGUGCUGCUCUCAACAAAAGCAAUUUACUUCCUGUUGGAUGAUUCUGUAAUUCAUGCUAGUAAGCAACAGUUGGGCUUUUGGAACCAAAAAAACUCGGAUUAUGAAAAUAGCUCUUUUCACCUCUCAUGUUGCUUGGUAUUAAAACUUAAUGAUCUGCAAUCAGUAAAUGUUGGACUUUUUGAUCAGUACUUCAGGAUUACUGGACAUUCUGCUGAUCAUAUAGUAACCUGCCUGACUAGAGACAGCUACAGUACUCAUUCUUUUAUACAGCAGCUUAUGGCAGUGCUAUCAUUGCUGGCACGCACACCUUCACCAGAACCAGUAGAUAAGGACUUUUACUCUGAAUUUGGAAAUAAAAGUACAGGAAAAAUGGAGAAUUAUGAACUGAUUCAUUCUAGCAAAGUAAAGUUUGUUUAUCCCAAUGAAGAGGAGAUCGGAGACCUUGCUUUCCUGGUGGGAGAGAAGAUGGACAGUUUGGCUAGUCUCCAGUCUCUAGAUAUUCUACUAUAUGUCCUGGCAUUUCAAGUGAACCAUAAUGAAGUAAUUGCUGAAGUCAGUAGUUUACGUCAUCCUAAAACUCUUAUUUUAACUAGCUCAGAUUUGUUCCUCUUCAAUGAGGAUUAUAUCAGUUACCCACUACCUGAAUUUGCUAAGGAACCACCAAAGAGAGACAAAUAUCAGCUUACAGAUGGAAGACGAAUCCGGGAUUUGGAUAGGGUACUUAUGGGCUAUCAGACGUAUCCACAGGCCCUCACCUUUGUGUUCGAUGAUGUUCAGAACCAAGAUUUAAUGCAGAACCUAACGUUGGAUCACUUCGGGGAUGCUUUCAGUGCCCCAGAGGCCUACACAAAGCAUGAAAGCAGUGGAAAUCUAGAAAUCCAAUGGUGCAUCUUCAUUCCAAGUGCAGAAAGCCGUGAAAAACUCAUUUCGCUCCUUGCAAGACAGUGGGAGAUCUUGUGUGGCAGGGAAUUACCUUUGGAACUUACUGGGUAAUUCAUACAGCUAAGUGACCUGGGUGUGGAUUCUGGAGUAACUCACAGUAUUGGAGUAGGUAGAGGUGUGUGGCAUUUUCUCAGUGUAAAGAGCUAAACUGGAUUUCAUGGUUCUUGUGUGUAGUAAACAACUUAGUACAGUAAAAACUUUUAUGUUAGCUGGGAAUUGAAUUUUUUGUAAGAUGUAUUUUCAUGUAAUAGUAUAUGGAAAUAAUUUUCUUGAGGCAUCUUGGGAAACUAUAGGAAAAAAAAAGGAGUCAACAAUAGAUCUGCCAUUGUCUAGGGCUGUUAAUAUUUCCCCUUUUCUCUGUAUAUAUAAUUUUUGCUGUUAUGCAAAUUAUAUUGUGUAAAUAAUAGUAAAUUCUUGUGUAUGUUGAAGUGCAAUGUUUAUUUGUACAGGAUAUAUUUUAUUGGGUAUGCUGCUAAAACAUUUAAUGACCUUUAAAAUGCUUCUAAUUUGUGGGGGUCAAAUUUGUUUGCUGCUAAUCAAUCUAGUAGCAAAAUUGAUUUUAAACAAUAGGCAAACAAAAUCUUUCCAUCUGAAAUCAUAAUUUCCAUGGACACUUUUUUUACAGCUGCGUAAAAUGUGAAAAAUCCUUGAAGAAAUCAGUUUAUCAUCAUGAAAAUGAAGUGUCCAGCAUGGUUAUACUAGCAUUUUGUCAACAAAUAAUGGUAAAUUUGUACAUCUGAACACCGUGUUCUUUGUUGCCUAUUUUCUCAAUAUAAGUAAAGUGUAAUUUGACAGUUUG